AUGUCAUCAUUAUUUUGCCAGGCUACCCAUCCUGUAUACAAGCAGAUGCAGCCUAGCUUACACUAUCUGGCCUCUGGCUCAUCAGCAUUAGAGCAAAUUGUGCAGCUCUGUUCUGCUACUGUUAUUAUUCUCGAACGCUCUUUCCACGUCUGGGAUCAACGACGUUCUCUCAAUGACUUGCAGGGGUCCCAAGACUCUGUUGUCAAGGAAGCUGUGAGCACUGCCAUACAUACAUAUCAAGCAGAUUCGUCUAUUGGAGGCUCUAAAAAGAUGGCGGAGUUGGCCAAAACGAUUCUUGAAGUCGCUUUGCAGCAUCGUCUACGUCCUGAUGCUAGGAAGCAUAGCGUCAUGUUGAGGAUAUUCGGAAUUGAGCUGAAUGUGUCUUGUGGCGAAUGA